AUGAGACUGCUUGCUCUGUUGCUGAUGGUGGGAGCUGCUGGUAAAGACACAAAUACACAUUCACACUCAGAUAUUUACAUACGACACACACCCGGCAACUUAUGUGUGCUGUAAUGUGAAACGAAAUCCAAGGAUAGUUGUGGUGAAGAACCAAAUCCUUCUCUUUUUCCAUGUGUUCGUGUGCAGUGGCAGUUCCCCGUGAAGAUGGCAGGAUCAUUGGCGGACAGGAGUGUGAACCCCACUCCCGCCCUUACAUGGCCUCCCUCAACUAUGGUUACCACUUCUGUGGUGGGGUGCUCAUCAACGAGCAGUGGGUGAUGUCUGUUGCCCACUGCUGGUACAAGUGAGUAUGCACCGAGUGAGAAAAUACGCAUUCAAAUUUUGUGUAGUCAUUAGCUUGUCCUGUUGCUAUUUUACCCCCUACAUGUCUGGGUUCAUUUGUAUGCAUUAGACUUCCCUCAGAGAGGAAAAUAAAUACAUUAAGAAUCUGGUUGUGAGACUAAACAUUUUCCAAAUGUGUGGAGGACUUGUAUUUAAAUUGAAAAUAAAAGUUUCGCAGUCUUUGCAAAAUAUAGAAACAUGAGAGCGAGACCAGAAGAAAUAAACAUACUGAAAGUGUUUUCACCUUCCAAAGUUUUGAAGUGUAUUUCACACUUGUUCUCAGUCCCUAUGCCAUGCAGAUCAUUCUGGGAGAUCAUGAUGUGCGCACAUUUGAGGGCACUGAGCAGCUCAUGAAGACCGACACAAUCAUCUGGCACCCUAGGUGAGUGAAGGAAUGAACCAUCCUGUGUGAGAAUACUUUUACAUUCCUCAUGUUUUAUUAAUUCACACAUUUAGCAUAGCAGUAAAAUCAGCUGAACUUCGACUUCUAUCUCUUCUGUGUGCAGUUACGACUACCAGACUCUGGAUUACGACAUCAUGCUGAUUAAGCUCUUCCAUCCCGUGACCGUGAACGAUGCAGUCGCACCCAUCCCACUGCCCACCGGCUGCCCAAUUGGUGGACUCCCCUGCUCCGUAUCUGGCUGGGGAAGAACAUCCACUGAUGAAGGGGGUGGGUUGAUACUAGAGUUUUUUUUAUUAUUUCUGUUGUUGCUUCAUUGAUGUUCACUUCAGAGAUGGCUGCUUGGAGACGGGUUUGAUGGGGAAGGUGAUAGGAGCGUUUUUUACUGCCUGCCUCUGCGUCUUCUUUACUUGAUCUUCAACCUGGCCUGAAAUGCAUCAAGACCAUAACAGAAAAAGAAAAAAAAACAUGAAUGUAGUUUCAGUGACGUUGCCCAUUAGUUUCUGGAGAGGGGUUUUUAAAGCUAAAAGAUGGCUGAGCUGGGCCUAAAUCCUCCUGGCAAACAGAUAUAUUGUACCUUCCUAUUGGUCAGGCCAUGCUAUGAGCUCAAACUGAGACUAAAGUUGCUCGGCAAUGCUUGUAAAUGUUUGAUACUAAAUAGAGUGGUGAUGUGGAAGGCAAAAAUUUGUAAGCUGCUUGCAUGGUCAUGGCCUAACGGCAGAUAUAGCAUUUUUUUCCUCUUGUUUUCAAAACAGUAAGACAAUAUAGAGCUACCAAAACACUAGAUGUCAUAUCUGGCUGUAAUUAAAUCCUGUAGCAGACUCCCAUAUCAAGUCCAAACUAAUAUAAUUAGUUACGCUUAUAUGCUUUUUUUUUUUGCAGUCCAAGAAAGUACCUAACAGAGGGCUUCCACUACAUAAUUGGGAUGAUUAUGUGUUUUUGAAGGUUUUAGAUUUAAAUACUUUAUUGUCAGUAGGCACGGGGCUUGGGCUGACAGCUGCAAACAGGCUGGAGAAAUGUAUAAACAAAUAAUUUUUUUGUAGACAGCAGCAUAAAUUGGGAAUACAACCAGCCUCGCUCUGUAAAAUCAUUUUUCUAGGCUCUAUAGAUUUCUCAUAUGUUUCAAUCUCUUCUCUGUCUGGUACAGCGAUCUCGCCCACCCAUCUGCAGUGUUUGGACGUGCCCGCGGUGGCUGACGAAGACUGUGAGAACGCCUAUCCUAAUAUGAUCACACGCAGGAUGUUCUGUGCUGGGUACAUGGACGGAGGCAGAGAUGCAUGCAAUGUGAGUUUUACAUAGUAAAUGGCUCCACAGACAAAUCGAAUUCAGCGCCCUGUAUUUGUAGAGAAAGACAUCGCUGUUAACCCGCUCGCACCUCCUCUCUCUGUGUUUGUCAGGGCGACUCCGGCAGCCCUCUGGUGUGUGUUGGAGAAGUCCACGGCCUGGUGUCAUGGGGUCAGGGAUGUGCCCUGCCUAACUACCCUGGAGUCUAUGUCAAAGUGUGCGAGUUCUUGUACUGGAUUGAGGACGUCCUGGCAGCCAACUCCUAA